AUCCCCCCAUCCCAGCCGCCACACCGCCCACAGCGCAGGCACAAGCGAGCAAGAGAAGGCAACGGCGCGACGGCACGACAACGGGGCGGCCGCAAGAGUAGCGGAUCAGCGCGCGGGGAGCGGCGGCGACUCUGCGCGUGGGCGGUGGCUCGCGAAGAGCAUCAAUGCACAGAUCUCGGUGAACGUCGAGCAUUCUGUCGUCGAAGAUGGUGCACGUCGAGCUCGACCGUGCGGACGAGUGGUCCGAGUCCGACGUCUCGGAAGAUGUCUCCGACUCCGAAGUGGGCGAUGGCCUGGACUGGCUCGACGCCGUCGAGAGCCAUGAUGGUUCAGCCCGGCUAUCCGCCGCCUUCUCGAUCGUCGGAGGCGCGGCCGCGGCGCGGAGGCCGAAUGCGCACGGCGGCGUGCUCUCCCGCCCCUUUCAGCCGCUCUCCAAUCGCACGCAGAAGCUCGCCUCCCACAUCCGGGCCACGCCCUUGGAGGAGUGGGAAGGUAGAAUGAACGUGGGGAUGUCAAAUUCGGUAACGACUGCAAUCAGGGACAGCAUAAGGGACACAUCAAUUGGCAAAAUAAGGAACCAUGAGAAGGCCGAUCGUGCUACGGUGGAACAGGCCAUUGACCCAAGAACACGCAUGGUUUUGUUCAAGAUGUUGAACAGUGGUGUUUUUAAUAAUAUAAAUGGUUGCAUUUCUACAGGAAAAGAGGCAAAUGUCUAUCAUGCAACAAAGAUAGAUGGCCAGGAGCUAGCAAUCAAAGUCUAUAAAACCUCUGUCCUUGUCUUUAAGGAUAGAGACAGAUAUGUUCAAGGAGAUUAUCNUUUUAGAUAUGGUUACUGCAAGCAUAAUCCCCGGAAAAUGGUUAAGACCUGGGCUGAAAAGGAAAUGAGAAAUCUUAAACGAGUGGCAGCAGCUAAAAUUCGAUGCCCAGCACCAUUGCUCCUGAAGCUUCAUGUAUUGGUGAUGGAAUUCAUAGGGAAAGGAGGUUGGGCUGCUCCUCGUCUUAAGGAUGCUGCUUUGUCGGUUGACAAGCUGCGUGAAGCUUACUUUGAGAUUGUUACGAUAAUGAGGACACUUUAUCAAAAGUGCAAGCUGGUCCAUGGCGAUUUGAGUGAAUAUAACAUUCUUUAUUUUAAGGGCCACUUAUAUAUCAUUGAUGUUUCGCAAUCUGUUGAUGUUGAUCACCCUUUGGCGUUGGACUUAUUAAAGGAAGAUUGUUUGCAUGUUUCUGACUUCUUUCUGAAACGAGGUGUCGCUGUCAUGACAGUAAUGGAUCUAUUUAAUUUUGUGAUUGAUCAAAACAUUGCGGAUGACGAUGUAGAUGAUUACUUAGAAAAGGUUCAGCAGAAGAUGUUGGAGAAUGGAGAUACACUCGCAAAUGAUGAUGACAUAUCUCCAACAGUCAUGGUGCAGACGUUGGAUUAUGUGAAGCAGUGUGAGGCUGAUAUAGUCAACAUGUCAAUGUUGCAACGACCAUCCCUGUGUUACGAGCCACCAGCGGAUAAGCUUUAUAACCAGCCAUUGCUAGGAUUUGUGCGGGCUGAAAAAAACAAGCGUACUGCUGAAAAGCAGAAAAAACAGUUGUCACAUAAUAAGUGCUCAUUGCUAAGUAGUGGAUGUUGCUCUAGUUCUGGUGAAGAUUCGAGGUAUGAGGCUGAUCCCAAGAUGGGACCUGAGGAGAGGAAGGCUGCUCGGAAGGAGGAGAAGAAGAAAGUGAAAGAAGAGAAGAGAGAAGCUCGGAAGACGAAGGAGCCGAAAGCCGAUAAGAAGAGGAGGAAGAAAAUGGCAAAAGCGAAGUGCAAGAAGUAGCAAUCUCUGGUUGAUUCUAAAUUAAUUCUGUGAGAGCCUGUAUGAUCGAGUGUUUAUAACGAGUAAGGACGAUGCUUCCCCAGCGAUAACGCAAACAAAUGUCAUUGGAUUCUCAGUUGUGUUUUUUUUUUGUUCAUUCCGCUUUUUAAAUUGCGCAGCCCUGAAGCGCAGUAGUGUCUAGCUACCUUGUAAAUGGUGCCUUGUCAAUUGUCAUCAGAUUUAAAAUUUCCAUGUAGUUUCGUUUUGUGACUUGCCAGCUAAGAAAAGUUUCUCAA